ACAAAAACAACACAAGGAAUUUUCACCAACAUCUAUUCAAAUCAUUCCAAGCAGGGUUCGAGAUCUUAACCCGAGGGCUUUCAACCCGAGGGUGGUCUCUAUUGGACCUCUUCACAGAAACGAUGAAAACUUGCUACCUUUUGAACCACAAAAAGCYAUUUUUCUGCGUGAUCUAUUAGCUUCCUCACCACAACACACAUUGGAAACAUGUGUGCAYGGGGUGAAUGCUUCAAUAGACAGAAUCAGGGCUAGUUAUGAGGACGGGAUGAAGAGCUACAGYGACGAUGAAAUUGCAAGAAUGAUGGUAAUGGAUGCUUGUUUCAUUCUUGAASUCAGUUACAAGUUAUCCRKGGRYKGUUUUGAUGAAAAUAUGGUGCUUSCGCWGGCUAUGAUUUAUGACCUGCUGCUGAUAGAAAACCAAAUCCCCUUUUUUGUUCUCCAAGACAUCUUUGAGYGCACGUSUUCCAGGUUUACACCAAUAACUUGUCUAAAURAACUCCUCUUUAUACUUAUACAAGUUGUCAACAUCUUUAAAACAAAUUUGACAAUGGAGAAUGAUGAUAAGGAGGGUCAACAUGAUCAUAUUCUUGGUCUUAUGCAUAAAUGUUACCAGCCUUCACAUCCUCCUCAAUCAGAUUUUUCAAAUUCAACAAUCCAUUCGGCUGUAGAACUGGACAGGGCAGGGGUGAAYUUUAAGCCUCAUCAUCAAGAUCCAAAAUGGUGUCUGGCCAUUGAACUAGAAUCACCUACGUCUGUAUGCUUUUCCUGGAAGUGGCCUUGGGCUUGGGGUAAACCUACUCUCAGAAUGCCAGUAUUGUGUAUUCACGAUGAAACUGAGUUGGUUUUAAGGAACCUGAUUGCAUACGAGCAAUUCUGUCCUCAGGUUCGUAAUUACAUAACAUCAUAUGCCGUAGCCAUAGAUAUGCUAAUCAAUGAUCAAGAAGAUGUUGCCASAUUGRUAGAAUCCAAAGUUGUUSUCAACUCUAUAGGUUCAAAUGAAGAGGCYGCAACAAUGAUUAACCACAUAUGYAAAGAAUCUUCAUUUGUAGAUUUCUUUUAUCCUAAAGAGUGGCARGAACUGGAUACGUAUUACAACGGUUAUUGGCCCAGAAAUCUUGCAUGGUUGAGACGUACAUAUUUCAGUAGCCCAUGGAAUAUGAUUGCUCUACUUGCUGGAAUYUUGUUGUUUCUUCUUACAGUGGUUCAAACCUACUUUACCAUCAACCCUGUUUAAUUCUGUUUUUCUUCUAUGAUUUAUUCUUUUUAUAUAUGUCUUUUCUAUAUAUCGUUUUUGUAUGUCAUCCAUGUUGUACAAGUGUAUCAUCUAAAUUAGCUAGGCAUCAUUUUUGGGUUUUUGAAUAUUUUGUGAUGCUCAAAUUUAUGUUUCUACCAAUGAUGAAGCUUAACUUUCUUUAGGAAGCC